AUGUACGAUAUCAUGGACACCACUGAGAGGCUGACUGGGGGCCUCGCCAAAUGUCUUACGGGCGGGAAGACGACUGUGGCGCUACACCCCGAGGGCAAGGACGGCGAGAGUGUGUAUGAGCUGGUUUUGCAGCGGCCAUGGGCGCGAUACGACAUAUUCACGAAGAUGGGGAAGAAGCUGGAUUUUGUGCCGGGGGAGACGCUGUACACGGAAGAAGCGAACGAGUUUCUGCAUGAGCUGUGCCAGAAGGCUCAACGUUCGUGCGCGGCAUGGUGUCAAGUGCAACGAACCCCCGGACAAUACACGCCAAUCGGCGAAUUUACUGAGCUCUGCAUCUCCUCUGCCUCGAUCGCCUGGAGCUUCACUCCGCGCCGACGGGUGGGGCGGGGCGUCGGUAUCGGCCGCCUGGCGUUCCUGACUGAUUCUGCCAACAUCAGGGAGGUCUUACGGUUCCCUACGAGGAAACCCGGGAUAGAGACUGCGACCAAUACCGCGGGUCCCGUCGAGCACUCUCGACAAGACCAUCUCAGUCUUCUCGCGCACGCCGAGCAGCCGGGAGGUGGCAAGUUUCUUCAGCCCAAGGGUACACGCUUCUCUUCUCGUGAGCAUCCGGGCUUGCCUCGACGGUAUUCUCUUUCCAUUCGCGCCGCGGCUCCCUUCCUCCGGGAUCCACGCCAUCACGCUCACCAACGUGCCGGCGGACGAAUAUCUCUCUCACUCUCACUAUUUCUUCCCCUACCCAAGCCUCGGCUGCUGGGUACGAUGAACGACGAGGCCACACUCCGCACGUUGUUCCCGUCCCGCACGGCCAUGACAGCAUUCUCAUUGCUUGAAUGGCUCGACCCCAACGGCUUCGCAUGGAACAAACGCCAUAACCGUACGCUGAAAAGCGGCGGGUGCGUCUAGACUCCGUUUGUUCUGGAGCUCGUUCCGGUCCUCGAGCUCUGGAGGCAAGGACACUAAGAUGCUCUCGCUUUCGGCUGCGAAACGACGCGCUCAAGAGGAGCGGGAUUGGCUCGGCGCGACCGGCGGCCGUCUCGAGGCGUCUGUGGAAGAGUUCGCGAGAAAAACGAGGUCCGUGUGCGGAGAACGAGGAUGCGGCCGCUGGUGCCGACAAAGACGAACCGACGGAGGAGGAGAAGGACGAGUUAGGCGGGGAGGAAGGGAUAUGAACCAUCCUCGGGAGUUCCUGGGUGAUAAGCGCCCUUUCUGCGGCUCGGGGCGUGAUACUUGCGACCGCCAGUCAAGGUCUUCUGGUGAUGAUGGUCGCCCUCUCCCCGCCAGUGAAGAACGAG